UGUGUAGCAUUGUCGUUCGUUUACGCUUAGAAAAGUGAGUUCAUCUUCACCGGUGCGAAGACUCUCUUAUUAUUCUCCCUCCCUCGCUCCCUCUGUGUGGUGUUUACUGUUUAGGGUUUUAGGUUAGGGUUUCACUCUGUUAGCCAAGCUGGAUAGGCACAGAGGAGACCGCUACGGCGACAACACCAUCAACAACGAUGAUUAUUCUUUCAACAAUAAUCGUCACCCAAGACCUUCUCGCUUCUCCGAUCCUCCAAUGAACUACAACAAUAAUCGUCCAAGUCCCGGCGGUUUCCGCUCCAACCCCGCUCCUCUUCAUCGCAACUUUGAUAGUCCGUCGCGUUGGUCUCCAGGUAGGGUUGAACCCUUCCGUCCACCUCCUGCCGGUGAUGGCUUCAGGCCGAUGCCCGGUGACGGUCCUGGCGAGUUUGGAUUCAACGCUCACCAGCCACCGCAGUUGUCUGGUCAGAAACGAGGGUUUCCUUUCUUUGGACGCGCUGCUUCACCGGAUCGUUCUGAUGGUGGGAAUUUUGCCAAACUUUUUGUUGGAUCUGUUCCCCGAACAGCAACUGAGGAAGAUAUUCGUCCUUUGUUUGAGGAACAUGGGAAUGUGAUUGAGGUCGCCUUGAUCAAAGAUAGAAAGACUGGACAGCAUCAAGGUUGUUGCUUCAUAAAAUAUGCUACCUCAGAGGAAGCUGAUCAGGCAAUUAGAGCAUUGCACAAUCAAUAUACUCUUCCAGGAGGUGUUGGUCCCAUCCAAGUGCGGUAUGCAGAUGGUGAAAGAGAACGCCUUGGUGCAGUUGAGUACAAACUAUUUGUGGGCUCUCUGAACAAACAGGCUAGUGUAAAGGAAGUCGAGGAAGUUUUCUCAAAAUAUGGGCGGGUUGACGAUGUUUAUCUUAUGCGCGAUGACAAGAAGCAGAGUCGUGGAUGUGGUUUUGUCAAAUACUCUAAUAGAGAUAUGGCAAUGGCAGCUAUCAAUGCACUUAAUGGAAUCUAUACAAUGAGAGGUUGUGAUCAACCACUGAUUGUCCGGUUUGCUGAUCCUAAGAGACCUCGUCAAGGAGAUUCCAGGGGUCCUGCAUUUGGAGCUCCAGGGUUUGGUCCUAGAUUGGAUGCACCGGGCACUAGACUUCCAUCAAAUAUUUCUGAUCCUAUGGGUGAUCAUAUGCCUCCUCUUAAUGCUUGGCGUCCAAUCCAUCCACAAAAUACGGGGCCAUCCUUUAAUGCUGGUUUUCACGGCAUGGGCCCUCCAUCGGUUCCAAGAACUGGCGACAUGGCAUUGCCUAUAAAUGCAGGUGGUCCUAUGACUGGCAUGGGAGUCUCCAUAGAUGGUCGUUUUCAAGUUCAGUCUCCGUCAACAAUGCCACAACAGAAUUUCAACCAGCCUCUACCACAACUUCCACCAGUCAAUCAACAAAUACCACCAUCACAGAAACCUAUUCAAUCAUCUCAGGAGUUUCCACCUUCACACCAGUCAUAUCCUCAAGCUCCAAUGUCCUAUCCACAAGCAUCAACGUUUUCAUCUAUCAGACAGCAUGGACAGUCACAGCCUCUCUCUGUGGGUCCGCAGGGACAUGGCAUAAGUGCACAGUUUUCAGCUUCUCAGCCUCAAACUCAGCAGAAUGCUUUGUCUGCUACAAUUCCUCAGAACUCUCUUGAUACCAGCAUGCAAUCUAAUACAGCAUUGACUACUCCAAGUCGACAGCAAAUUCCUCCCUCUAUGCAGCAGCAGCCACUUCAACCUCUUCAGCAAUCCCCUUCUCAGUUAGCUCAGUUGGUGUCACAACAAACACAGACUUUACAAGCAAGCUUUCAUUCAUCUCAGCAGGCCUUCUCCCAGCUUCAACAUCAAUUGCAGAUGAUGCAGCCAUCCAGUCAAUCAUUGACAUUGCAGCAACAUGCAGAAGCUACUAAAACGCAGUCUCAAUGGGGUGGAACUGUAGCACAGGCAGGAACCGGAACUCAUGUGGCUGCACCUGUUUCAGGUGCUCCUUCAUCAACAUCUGCUACUUCUGCCGUACAAGCAAUAACCCAGAACACAGCUCUUGCAAAAUGUAAUUGGACUGAGCAUAUAUCUCCCGAGGGCUUCAAAUACUACUAUAAUAGUGUGACUGGGGAAAGUCGGUGGGAGAAACCCGAAGAAUUGACAUUAUUUGAACAGCAAAAGCAACAGCAGAGGCAGUCUGUCCAGCAGUCCCAAAGUCAUUCACAGCCGUCAAUACUAUCCACACAACAGAUUGCACAAAACCAACAGGUUCAGCCUCAGAGUAAUUUCCGAGGACAAGUUCCCCACCAUCAACAAAUACAGCAACCUUCUUUGUCUUCAUCGUUCCAGGAAUAUGGUGUUACUGGUCAUCAAAAUGUUCAGGAACUUGGUUAUAAACAGUUACAGUCAUCAUUUCUUUCUGCUAGUGAUCCUGGACGUUAUUCACAGGGUAUUAAUACUGCUCAAGAGCUGAUGUGGAAAAACAAGCCUGCAGGAGUCUGAACUUGGAUGAGUUUAGCGAGGCGGGCACAUACAGAUGUUGCAGCUUUUAAAUGGCUGUGUAACAGAUCUGUUGCUUAAAGAAGGUAGGGGACCACCGCCUUCAUUUUGACCCAAAGUGACAUGUAACCCAUAUAUUUGCAUUCAUGAGUUACUUCGGUCCUAAUUGUUGAGAUUUCACAAUCACUGACUGGCUCAGCAGUAAGGGCUGUGAGGGGUCAGUAAGGAAAUGCUCUACCCAGAUCACCGUGUAACAUAGGCUUUGCGUUAUUUAUAAAUUAUUAUAACUUAACCAUUAAUUUAGAGACAAUUUAUGAAGUUCAUGUGGUGCUUAUGUUUUACCUAAUAAAAUCAUACGUGCACAAGGAAA